AUGCAGCACAACCGAUUUUUCAUUCUCGUAGUCCUUCUGGUAUUUUCUACCUCCUUCAACCUUGCCAGAUGCUUGGUCGGCCAGCACUUCCAAUCCGCCAGAGAGGCUCAAAAAUUAAAAGUCAACGAUAGGCGGUCCGCUGGACUGGUACCAUAUCCCAGGAUUGGCCGGAAUUCGGAAAUGGCGACCUUGCCCAGAUCGGAACGCGCUUUGGGAAUGAUACAUCAGCCGCGAAUUGGACGAUCUGACAGUUUAGGCAAUUUGAAUCGAUUCCACGAUUUAUCGGCCGACGAUAUUGAGUUCUACAUUAUGCACGAUAUGGAUCCUGAUCUUCUAGAUCUCGAUUACGAAGAAUAUGCGAACCGACCGAUAGCAUUUAAGCAUACCGACAAAAUGCAAAAGGACGGUUCCUGGUUAGUGCCCGAUCAUGUACACGGAUAUAAGGAUCACCAUUUUGCGCAAAAGAUCGACUAUCCUCGAUCAUACUACUCUGCUUUGCGAGAUUCUCGAAAUACUCAAGGUCAAGGAGGCUACACUCCAAGAUUGGGUCGCGAGAACGAGCAUGACACCGCGAGUUUCCUGUAACUCACUUACUUUCGCUACGUGUCCUCGCGAAUUCGGCGGAUGUUAACCGGUGGAAGAGGAACCUCUCGUCAAAAUUGUCAUCAGGAACGUAACUUGUGAUGCUUUUGAUUGUUCCCCUAUCCUCAUUUGCAUCGGCGACCCACCUUGUCCCCGCACUUUGUAUGCAGUUGAUGCGGCACAAUACAUAAUCUGCAUUUAAAUACUGCAGUUUAUAUCAUCUUGUACGAAACCCUCGCCUUCUGCCAUCACCAAUAUCAAUUUUUUUCCACGAAGAAGAUCGAUCCUGAAGUUAUUCGAUCACGGUGCAAUUUUGUUUGAAUUUCCGCCCGAAAGUAUUCGAUGCAAUUUGACGCUAGGUUUUUGUACAAAACGUCAAAGAGAAUAAAAGUUUAGUUUGUACC